AUGGCAUCUCCUCAAGAGUUGGUCACAACGGUUAAUGGGCGGCGCUGUACACGUUCACGGGCCCGAACAGCGGCCACUCCAACACCUCUCACCGAACAAUCCACGGCGGCCACCGCAACGGAACUAACAAUCUCCACAACCGUCCAACAGACGUCCCAAACGCAGACCACCGCUGAUGCCCCUCCUCUUCCUCCUCUUGCUCCCUCUCCUCCUUCACCUCCUCCUUCACCACCUCCACCGCCUUCGCCAUCAUCCUCUUCGUCCUUGUCCGCCUCGCCAUUUUCCCCUUCACCAGUAUCCCCUUCGCCAGUAUCCCCUUCGACCGCGACACUGCCCCAGCAACCAAGUGUCGUGCUCACCACAGAUGGUGCAACUACCACAGUGGUUGCAGCGUCUUCGGCCACAGGUACGAGCAGUGCACUUCCUUCGUCAUCAGCGCCAGUCAGCCAGCUGCCAGAUCUGGCAUCUUCAGAUCAAGCAGUAGCGGCUGCACUGCCAUCGACUGCGCCUGGGAAUGAGCCUGUGCCGCCUUCAAGUGUAACAGUGGCAGAAGCAUCAUCCUCAGUCCCCGCGCAGGCUCAGGAACUAAUUGGUCCCACGGCCGAGUCGUUGCAAGCUGCUGUGACUACCACACCAGCACCUCCCCUGAUCCCAACAUCAACAGACUCUAACUCAUUCAUCAUAGCUACCAGUCUGUCGCGGCAAAUAUCUUCAACACAAGCGCCGUUGUUCACAGCUCCGGCUGCCUCAAAUGGGCCCACACCUGUCGUCACAGCCCCGCUGGCUUCCAGUUCGACUAGUGUACAGUCUCCAAUAUCGAAUACGAACCUACCGGCUGCCAAGCAGCCAGGAAGAACAACAUCUGUGGCAAAUUUGACCCCGACGGAUGACCCUGCAGGCAUAAUAGAACCUGAUCGGGGCGACAAUGAUGCGCCUCUUACUUUACCCAAGUCAGGAAACGCCGAUAUAGGGAGCAUUGUUGGAGGAGUUGUUGGUGGUGUGGCUAGCUUGGUAUUGCUACUAGGCCUUCUCUUCUUCUGUCUUAGAAAGAGGAAGUCAAAGGAAAUUAGGUGGACGGAGAAGAAUAGUAAGGGGCCAGUGUUGCUUGAAAAUUUGAGAUCGAUAGCCGCAUCAUGUGGGGUUUUGAUCGCAAAGCUCACGGGUAAAAAGUCCGGACCUAUGGGCAAUACCUACCAAAGACACACGAUGCACAACAGUGUGAGUUCGUUGUACUCCACCAACAGUGGCGGUCGCCUGCGAUCCUCGAGCGAAUCAUCUGGGAUGUUUGUGGAAAGACGUCCAGUCUCGACAUCUAGCAGGGAAAGUGGGCGCAAGGUACUUCGAAAGGAGCAAAACAGCAUCUCUUCGAACUAUCGGUUUCCUUGUGCUAUGGACGAUCAACGGGGGAAAAGUACUUCAGACUAUGCAAAUCCAUUCGCAGAUCCUGCACCUCCGGCAACCCUCUCCCUUCUCAACCCAGAUCCUCAAAGCGGCCCUGCUACACCGCAGGUGCCUGUAGCGACGGCGGACAAGGUACCGAGAGACCCCUUCGCUUCAAUCUAUGAUCCCAUGGAACAAGGACGACCAAGGAGCAUCGAAUCCAACGCACAUCACAAACACAACAAGAGUUCACUAUCUGCAGUGUCGGCCCUGUCAGCACUCGGCUCACACCCACCGCCAACACUUUGGCUGCACAAUACAACGGACCCCUUUAGAGAUCCUGUCAGUCCUUUGGCUCCCACACAAGCAAGGCUCUCCGGACAUUCUCGUCGUCCUUCAUCAGCUACCUAUCCAGCUUUCAAUGCCAUCACUACGACAUCUACGACGCGAGACUCGCACUACACAUACUUUGGGGAGCCAGGCCCCAGCCGUCCUGCAACCAGCAUGUUCACACCCGCCAUGUCCAGCGGCCGCACCGUCCGACAAUCGGACCCCUUUGAUCUCGACCGCCCCGAAGUUCUGGGCUUCAAAGACGUAGGAGGUCGGAAAGAGGUGAACGCAAGUCUUACGCGGCAGCCUACGCGAGCGAAGCGGACCAGUAGCAUUGGGAACUGGGGUAACGCAGCGAAUGGAUCUUAUGCGUCACAGGACGGGACGGGGUCAAUCACCCGACAGCUUUGGAGUACAAACGGGAGGAGGGCAUGA